CGCGACGACUAGCUCGUCGUCACUGGCAGGGGUCUGAGCUUCCCUGCCGGUACAAGCAAGGUCCCUGGGUCCCUCGCCCGAAGUGUCGAGAGCGAGCGAGUGGACGGGCGGGCAGGCAAAACGGGAAGGAAGCUCUCUCUCUCUGUGUGGCCCAAGUUCGUCACCUCUCGUGGGCUGCCGUCGCCUUUUCUGGAUCCUUGUUCCGAACUCUUCUUCCCCCUCGCAACACCCACCAGCCAUUGCCACUGCCAGCCUGUUUCGAGGCCUUUCUUGACCUCUUCUGUUUUGUUACCAAAGAUCCAGACUCGGCCCGGUUGAAGUUACGCAACAAGUUAUAACGAAUAUUCCAACAGCAGCAUUUCCUGGACCGCGCACGCACACACCGUGGUCCGCCUUGCACUCCGAGUCCAAGUAUGGCGACGACCGACCCAGCUGGAGUCGACCGCUCGCGGCCGCUGUUCCAGAAGCUCAACACCAGCAAGAAGAAGGUCGCCUACUUUUACGAUUCCGACAUUGGCAACUAUGCGUACGUUACUGGCCAUCCCAUGAAGCCACACCGGAUCCGACUGGCGCACAGCCUCGUCAUGAACUACAACGUCUACAAGUACCUCGAAGUCUAUCGUGCCAAGCCGGCCGUCGUCAACGAAAUGACCCAAUUCCACACAGACGAGUACAUCGACUUCCUGCGGCGGGUCACCCCAGACAACAUGGACAGCUACAUGCGCGAGCAGACCAAGUACAACGUCGGUGAUGACUGUCCCGUGUUCGACGGACUGUUUGAAUUCUGCGGCAUCAGUGCUGGCGGCUCCAUGGAGGGCGCGGCUCGUCUCAACAGGCAGAAGUGCGACAUCGCCAUCAAUUGGGCUGGUGGCCUGCACCACGCCAAGAAAAGUGAGGCCAGUGGGUUCUGCUACGUCAACGACAUUGUCCUCGCCAUCCUAGAGCUCCUUCGCUAUAAGAAGCGCGUUCUGUACAUCGACAUCGACGUUCACCACGGAGACGGCGUCGAGGAGGCCUUCUACACCACCGACCGUGUCAUGACCUGCUCCUUUCACAAGUACGGAGAGUACUUUCCCGGCACCGGCGAACUUAGGGAUGUCGGCAUCGGUGUGGGGAAGAACUACGCCGUCAAUUUCCCCCUGCGAGAUGGCAUCACCGACGACACGUACAAGACCAUCUUCCAGCCCGUGAUCCAGGCCGUCAUGGACUACUACCAGCCUGAGGCCGUGGUCCUGCAGUGUGGCGGAGACAGUCUCUCGGGCGACCGCCUGGGCUGCUUCAACCUGAGCAUGCGUGGCCACGCUAACUGCGUGAACUUUGUCCGCAGCUUCAACCUGCCCACUCUCGUCCUCGGCGGUGGUGGUUACACGAUGCGCAACGUGGCCAGGACCUGGGCAUACGAGACCGGUCGGUUGGUCGGAGUAGAGAUGGACCCUGUCCUUCCGUACAACGAAUACUACGAAUACUACGGCCCUGACUAUGAGCUCAAUGUGCGACCAUCGAACAUGGAGAAUGCCAACAGCACCGAGUACCUGGAGAAGAUCAAGAAUGCCGUCAUCGAGAACCUGAAGAAGACCGGAACACCUUCGGUACAAAUGCAGGAUGUUCCCCGUCAGAGCCUCGGCGCCAUGACGGACGAGGACGAUGCCGAGCUGGACGACCUGGACGAUGACCAUAACAAGGACGUGCGAAUGACGCAGCGACGGUGGGAGCAGAAAGUCACCCGUGACGACGAGUUCGAGGAGAGCGACGACGAGGAGAUGGCCGAGGCCAACGGCGUGUAUCAGACGAAUGGCAAGCGCAAGGGAAUCAUGGACUUCAAAAAUCCGCAUGCCCCUCAAGAUGACAGUGGCCAACCGUCUCCUGUUGUCUCCCGGGCAGCAUCGCCUGCUCCUGCGGCGGCGGCGGCGGCAGACGAGACUGAAAACGCCGAGGGCGACGAGACCAUGGAGGACGUCGAGGCCGCACCCGAAACAGAAGCCCCAGGCCCAGAGGAGCCCGCAGCGACGAAGGAGGCCGAGCCUGAGCCCGCGCCGCCAGCUGCCGAGGCGACCAUGCAGGUGGACGAAGAUGGAGACGUCGACAUGGCCGAGCCCGUCGAGCCCGCGACUGCUGCCCCCGCCGCUGAGGCCGUUGAGCCGAAGGAGACGCCUGCGAUUAAGGAAGAGGAGGCCGAGGCCCAGCCAUCAGCGACGGACGCAGAGCCAGUUAGCACCACCGCCACUGCGGAACCAAGCGAAGCGGCGGCCGAUGAGCCAACCAAGAGUGACGAGCAGGUGGAAACAACCGCGGCCGCGGGGAAGGACGCCGCCAAGUCACCAGCUGCUGUGGCCGAGCCCGAGAAGCCAGUUGAAAAACCAGCGUCUCCUGCCAAGGCAGAGGAAAAGGCAGAAGAUGCCACGGCGGAGUCGAAGGAGGCGUCCCCAAAGGCCGAGAACGCGGAGAAGCCGGCCGAGGCAGCUGAGAAGGCGGCUGAGGAGUGAAACUCCCGGGGACCUCUGCAGAGCAACCUUUGAGCACAGGGGGUGAGAUGGAGCGAUUGGACGAGGUCAUACUGGCACAUCAGAAGUGUACAGCGAUAUCUGAGUGCUGCACCGAUCUGUGUGAACAGCUCGUUGAGCCCGUUACAAACCCAACAGAUAUAACGCGAGAGCUUAAUACCAGCAGGGAGUCGUCUUUUUAUGAUUACGAAGGUGCGUUCAGUGCCACAUGGAGGAUGCAUACUCGAGUAUCCGUCUUUUGUGUUGGGCUGAACUGGCACCAAAUGGCACCGGCAAGGGCGUCUGUGGCGUUUGGAUGAGUUGGCCCCGCGCGAAAAGGGGCAUCAAAGGCAGGACAGCGUUUUUGAAGUAUUUCUGUUUGAUGUAGGGCUUUACCCCGAGGGAAUUUAAUCAUGAAGGUCGCGUCACCAAGUGUUUGUUUUGGCCUGCGGGUAUCUAUGUGGUGGAUUUCCAGCUGCGCUCAACAUUGCUAAUGUGCCACCAACCUCUUCAGGAAGGACGUGUUUACAGGUUACAUACAAAACAACAGGCGCGCCAUCAGCUGACAUGGCGCGUGUGAAUCCCAG